CCGGGGCUGGAUUAGUAGUCCGGGGUGAGCAUGCAGGUGAUGACACGGCCUCAGUAGGUAGGGGAGGCGUCUCCUGUGACUAUCUAAGCCUCCGUCACCCCGUGGACUCGUCAGAUCUCCUCUGGACUGGUUAACAGUGGAAUAGCUGUUUUUGAAGGCUUCCAAAAUGUCCCACAACCACCACACCAUGACUACGGCUGAUCCCCACAGUGGUCACCACCAUCCCACCACGAGUGGACACGACCAUGGUGGAGGAGGCGGAGGAGAUGGAAGUAUGCAUAUGAUGCCCAUGGUGUUUUAUUUUGGAUAUGAGAACGUGGAGCUUCUCUUCUCAGGGCUGGUGAUCAAUUCCCCGGGAGAAAUGGCCGGUGCCUUUGUGGCCGUGUUUCUGCUCGGAAUGUUGUACGAGGGGCUGAAGAUUGCACGCGAAUCCCUGCUCCGGAAGUCGCAAGUCAGUAUCCGUUAUAACUCCAUGCCAGUACCAGGACCCAACGGCACCACCUUGAUGGAGACUCACAAGACUGUGGGACAACAGAUGCUGAGCCUCCCGCACGUUUUCCAGACGUUUCUUCACAUCAUCCAAGUCGUGGUCAGCUACUUCCUCAUGUUAAUAUUCAUGAGCUACAACGCCUACCUGUGCAUCGCGGUGGCGGCCGGAGCCGGCACCGGAUACUUCUUCUUCAGCUGGAAAAAAGCGGUGGUGGUGGACAUAACUGAACAUUGCCAUUAACGAAGAACCGCCCUCCCCCAAGGGCUUGAGUGAUGGAUCAUCUGGUGACACCGGCAAAUAACUCCACCUCUCACUGACGAGUGACCAAUCCAACAGACUCCGCCAUUGCCUUCUUAUUUUUUUAUUUUGUUUUAUAAUUUCAAUAUCACCGCGGUAAUUAACGUCACGUCCUCGUAGGGAAGGUUUUCUUGACCAGCAAUGGAUUUCUGAUGGAGUGUUCCUUAAAAAAAAAAAAAACUUCCUGUCCAUUUCUCUGACCAAGACGCUUCAGAUACUGAAUGCUUCCCUUAACCAGUAGGGGGCCCCAUUAGAUUAUGUGAAGCUUUAAAUUCUAACGUCGAGUAGCUUGGUGGAUUCUUAUUGGCAAUUCCUUGAGACAUUGCUUCAGUCCUUAUACAAUCAAUGCUUCUUCUCCUAAUUUUGAUUCUUCUCUCCAUUAAAAUUCAGUUUCGAUCCCUAUUAUAUGUGAUAAGGAAAUAUUCAGUAAUUGAAAUCACCAGCUAUGUGGAUACAGUUAAAGCAUGGUUUUCCAGGGGCCCAUAAGCUCCUCCCCUGCUUAGUCCUGCCCCCAAGGAGCAGUCAAAAAGUUAUAUUUAUGAUUCAGUAAUUGUUCCCCCCCUCCGUCUGUGCAGUUCUGUCCAAUCAUGGUUUGCCAGAGACGUGGAAGCCCCUCCCCUUUUUAGUCCUGCCCCUAAGGUUCAGUCUAAGAUCACCACCUAGGUGAUUGCAGUCCUAUUAGGGUUUGGCAGUGGCAUGUAAGCCACUUUCCCGCUUAGUCCUGCCCCCAAGGAGCAGUCAAAUAUUUCUAUUUACUAUUCAGUAAGUGUGGGGUCACUGCCUAUGCGAUUAAAGUCCAGUCAUUGAUUACCAGUGGGAUGGAAGCCCCUCCCCUGCAUAGUCCUGCCCCCGAAGAGCAGUCCCCCCCCCAUCAUUUACAUAUUCUGACAAGUAGGUGCAGUAUUGAUAAUAGAAUUAAGCAGUCACCUAGAAGAUGGCCUUUAAUAUAGACGACUGAAAUCUCCAUUUUUGAAGUUUCACGUUUU